GGGGAGAGAUAUGUCUGAUUUGGAAGAAAGGCCUCAUCAACUCAACUCUAACGUGACAGAUUGACGCCUUGACGGAAAGCGAUUUUCAGACAAUCUCUCUCUCUCUCUUUCUGUAUUGGAUCCAAUAAUGGAAAUGCAAGAUCCGCCCCCUAAACCCAACGCUUAUUUCCACCAACAAGCUCCCUCCACGGCCACCACAUUUAGGGGACCUCACCACAGGCGAGCGCAUUCCGAGGUUCAGUUUCGGAUUCCUGACGACCUAGAUCUCGUCUCUGACACCUUCGAGGGCCUCGGAUCCGAGGAUGACAUCUUCUGUACCUACAUGGAUGUUGAGAAAUUGGGAUCCAAGCCCCAGGAUGGACCUUCCAACUCCAAACUCGAGGACCCGGCUGCGGAGAAGAAUGCGGGCAAGCCUAGGCAUAGGUACAGCAAUUCCAUUGAUGGUUCUUCAAUUAUGGAAGCCAUUGAGGCAAAGAAAGCUAUGGCCCCUGAUAAGCUGGCUGAGCUAUGGACUCUUGAUCCAAAAAGAGCUAAGAGGAUUAUUGCAAAUCGUCAGUCUGCUGCUCGCUCAAAAGAGAGAAAAGCCCGUUAUAUAUCUGAACUUGAGAGAAAAGUCCAAACACUUCAAACUGAAGCAACUACUCUUUCAGCACAGCUAACACUAUUCCAGAGAGAUACAACGGACUUGUCAUCUGAGAACACAGAGCUUAAGCUUCGGCUACAGGCUAUGGAACAACAAGCUCAGCUACGUGAUGCUCUAAAUGAAGCACUAAAGAAGGAAGUUGAGAGGCUCAAGAUGGCAACUGGCGAAAUUAUGACACCAACAGAUAGCUAUAAUCUGGGAAUGUAUCAUAUCCCCUAUGGCCAGCCCUCCUCCCUUCCUCCCCGGCUCCAGCAUGUACAAGCUAAUGCUCAGAACAUGCAAAUGUCACAGUUUCAUCCACUUCAACCUAACAUGUUAGCACCCAAUCAUCAACCUCUGGUUGCCACACCUCAGUCACAUGCUUUCUCAGAGUUGAUGCAGCAAGAUCCUCUUGGCCGAUUGCAGGGGCUUGACAUCAGUAGCAGAGGCUCCCAUAUUGUCAAAUCUGAAUGCCCCUCGAUUUCUGCCGGUGAAAGCAGUGCAACAUUUUGAUAAAUUAUUUGCUUAUCUGCUCAUCGUCCUAUCCUAUUUGUUGGAUAUGUUCAUAGACUAACCUAAUUGACUUCAAGAGGUGCUAUUCAUUUGAUUUUUUUUCCUCAUCUAGAUUCAAAAUUCAUUUAUUAGGAGCAGUCAUGUGGGAAUAGAAGUUUGUUUCUGAGGUGUAGAUUAGUGCAAUUCUUUUUUCACUUUAAGCCCUCCUGUUGUAUUGUCUGUUGGUUUUCAGCUUGUAUCGUUGGGGAAAAAUACUUCUUGUGGUAAUAAUGUUUUUUAACAUGU